GAAGCCGACGCGUUCGACUCUGACUCUCAUCCGAUUUCUUGAAGCUGAUAAACACAACACAACACAACUCAACAAAACACAACACAACAGAACUCAACACAACACAACACAACACAACACAACACAACAACUCACAACUUCUUGGAGGCCAUUGGCUUGCAGCCCCUGUACAAGCAGAGCUGAACAGCUGAAUUGAGCGUUGUGCGCACUACGAUAAGUAAUCUUCCGCGCUGUACCUAGGCCUGUAGUAAACACUUCGCCCUACCAUGAAGACGCCGGUGGUCAUUCUGGCCCUCUGCCUAUGUAAGUAUUGACCGUAUUUAUUGCUCUUUUAAAAACAUUAUGUGUCCAUGUAUUUAUUAGAUCUAGCCUUCCAGGGGCGUAGGAGAGGGGGGGGAGGGCUGUAUGCACCGGUCAGCACGUUAUUCUCUAUCUAAGGGUGGACGGUAUUUUCGACAAAAGUGCAAGGAAAAGAAAAAACAAUAUUUUAGGGAUAAAUGCGCUGGCACAUUUUUAUUUUAUCAUCACACAAUACUACGGCCCAGUAGGAGCGCAAACUGUAACUCUGAACAUUUCAGCUACAUUCGAAUUGGUGUAUUUAAGCUUUUCAUUCUGACCCAUGUAAACAGAACUGCUUGUUGUGGAAUGGUGGGGUGGGGGGGGGGAGCGAAUGAACAAAACGAUUCUCCAUCCAAGUCAAACAAAUGUCUGUAUUUGAGAGAUGUUUUUUUUGGUUGUCAAUCAAAUGUCUGUAUUUGAGAGAUGUUCUUUUUGGUUGUCAAUCAAAUGUCUGUAUUUGAGAGAUGUUCUUUUUGGUUGUCAAUCAAAUGUCUGUAUUUGAGAGAUGUUCUUUUUGGUUGUCAAUCAAAUGUCUGUAUUUGAGAGAUGUUCUUUUUGGUUGUCAAUCAAAUGUCUGUAUUUGAGAGAUGUUCUUUUUGUUUGUCAAUCAAAUGUCUGUAUUUGAGAGAUGUUCUUUUUGAUUUGUCAAUCAAAUGUCUGUAUUUGAGAGAUGUUCUUUUUGGUUUGUCAAUCAAAUGCCUGUAUUUGAGAGAUGUUCUUUUUGGUUGCCAAUCAAAUGUCUGUAUUUGAGAGAUGUUCUUUUUGGUUACCAAUCAAAUGCCUGUAUUUGAGAGAUGUUCUUUUGUCAAUCAAAUGUCUGUAUUUGAGAGAUGUUCUUUUUGGUUUGUCAAUCAAAUGCCUGUAUUUGAGAGAUGUUCUUUUUGGUUGCCAAUCAAAUGUCUGUAUUUGAGAGAUGUUCUUUUUGGUUGACAUGAGAUAACAUAAUUUGAUUAACCAUCCCGUCAAAGAAAAGUUGUUGUUUUUUUUUUUAAAUCCUUUAUAAUCUUUUUUUUUAAAUUAUUUUAUUUUAUAUUAAUAUUUUAAUGUCCCACUCGCUCUUACAUUGCAGAUUUAUUUCACCAACUAUUUCAGAAAAAAAAAAAAUUACGCAACAAACGAACUUGCGAUAUUAAUUAAUUUUUUUUAAGAAUCUCAUUUAGCGCAGUUAACGGGAAUUUUACAUUGUGAACUCGGUGUCAGCAUAUUUCGUUCAUCUUCCCUUUGCAAAACAGGAAAAUUUUAUUUUGGGAGGUCGGGGGGUGAGGGUGGAGCUGAAAAUUUGAUAGAAUGUGUGGUUAUUGGCAACAAGUUCAUGUGCCAAGUUUUAGCUCGAUAGGUUGGCGGGAAGUGGGUCAAUUUGCCGUCCGAAGAUUUGGCCACACACCAAGCCAGAAAGAAACACACGAACAAAAGCAAAGUUUAUAUGAAUGAAUUUUUUAAAAAUGCUUUAACCUUCCUUGGCGCACCAAAAAUUCAAUUUAAAAUUAUCUUAAGAGUCUUUUUAAUUGAGAAGCAUAAACUUUCAGAAGUUAGUUAAACUUAUGUUUUUGAAGAUCUCAUAUUCUUCAGGUUGUUUUUUUUAAAACCCAGAGGCCGCUUCUUCACCCAUCUGCCUUGAUCCUAUUAUAACUAUUUGAACGCCUUCUUUACCAGAACCGGUCCUGCGCAACCGGGCGCGUCUCCGGGGAAACUUAGGGGCGUUCACAUUGGGGGUUGCCUCUUCGUGGCGUGUGGAUGUACAAGGCACGAUCCGUAGCGCACAAUGUCUCGGUGGCUUUCUGUGUUUGUUUUUUUAAAAAAUUAUUUCUCAAUUCAUUUGAAAUGAUCAAACCUUGCAAUGUGUGAUAAUCGUUUUAAAAAAUUACGUUGAAACGCUCUUUUAAAGGGUAAAUAUUCUCCGGAUUAGUGUUAUUUACGUUCAAAGAUUUGGCUAAAAAUGGUGUGUAGCCAAAUCUUCGGACGGCUCCUUUAUUUUAUUAAUGGGGAGGGUUGCUGCUGGCAGGUGACCCUCAACGUGGAUUGAAUUAGACCUCGUGAAAUUACGAAGCCCAUUCGUGACAUCACUAACAACAAGAUUGUUAGACAGCGGCAUAUAACAUGUAUCAUUCCUGUAACACUAUCCUGCUUUGCUGCGGGCAGAGGGAACUCACAAGAAAAUAGAAGAACAAAGGUAUAUGGAAGCUUGAAAUAAAAAAGACAGAACAAUCAAAGAAAAAUGUUUCGGCCAACAGCCUUCCCCAGAAGUGGAGACAAAUGAAAAAAAAAACAAGAAAUUUAAAGUAUCUCAAAAACUUUCUUUUAUUAUCCUUUCUUCCUAUUUCAAGCCUUCACAUGCCUUGCUUGUCCAUUUCCUUGAUAAAGUCUUUCAUUUUUAUCGUUUAUUUUCGGGUACUCAAAGACCGGUUGAAGCCAGUCACUUUGCAACCAUUGGAUUACUUAACCAAACCCCCAGCAUUUAAUGGCGCCGCUAAACUGUGUCGAUGACAGAGAUUAUAUGACAGCCUGUGUAGCGAAUGCACCACGUAAUGUUAAAGAAGCAAUCAAUUGUACUAGCCUGGGGCUAGAAGCUACACAGAGCUCCCCACGGCAAGAGAUGAUGUUUGAAAAGGGCUGGGGGUGUGACGCGCACGUACUAGGAAUCAAAUAAAUCGUAAAAUAUUCAAUUUUAGUAUGUUCUAGGAAUGGGUUAAGAUAUAAUGUAUUACAUUUUAGUAUGUUCUAAGAAUGGGAUAAAAUGUAUUGUAGUAUGUUCUUGGAAUGGGAUAAAAUGUAAUGUAUUCCAUUUUUAGUAUGUUCUAGGAAUUGGAAUCGUAUCAAAAGUAAAUGAUGCAAGUAUCAGAAGGAAAUCAACAAAUCAUUCUCUUAUUUCCCAAACUCCUCUCUUCCCGGGAUAUUUUCCACAAAAUGGUAACGUUAUUUUUCCGGGGGAUUUUUUCCAGGUUUAUUGACAGUCGGAAUAUUUGGUUCACGGAACGGGAGGCCUAGAGGUCACAGAGGUGAAGGUCGCAGUCAUGGAAACGAGAGGCAUCCUGAAACUAUGGGCGGAGACAAUGGUGACACGGUGAACGGUGAUGGCGGUCGGGGUGUCAUGGGUCCGCGUGGAAGGGAUCGUGGCAACAUGGGUCAUCACGGACACAGGGGUCGUCAUAGCAACAUGGGUCGCCGUGGAGACGGUCUCGGCAACAUGGGUCAUCAUGGCAGCGUGGGUCAUCACGGCAACAUGGUUCAAGAUGGUGACCACGGCCAAUUUAUGCACUAAGAUCGGUAGUCAUGGCAACAUAGGUGUCAUUUAGUGAGAUGGAAUUCAACAAAGCAGAUUAUAUUUUUUUGCCCUUACCAAGACUCAAUCAAGGAUUACCAAGGAUUAUUUUGUAACGUUGGCUGUACAUAAAGUGUUUUUUCCCUCCAACAUAGCACCCACACCCUUGUCAUAAGCUCAUCUACUUGCUCAAUGACACGCUACUAGCGAAACCUAUUUUUCUUUUUCAUAAACCGUUAGUCAGAAAAAUGUGGCCCUAUUCAUGUUGAUAUCACGCUGCAUAGUCACGUCCUGAGUGAGAUUUGUUUUCCUCCAGAUGUAAGCCGGCCAACCUUGCCCUUGACAGCUCACUACCGUGAUUCCGGAUUGUCAUCUAUGAUUAGAAGGUGAUUCUGAAAAUGUAGUAAGAGCUUUAU